CGUUGUGACUGAUCACUGCAUAGUAGGCAUAGUAUAACUGUUAUUGCAUUAUUUUAUUACUGACAAUUUUUAUCACUUAGUUUUCAGGCAUUAUUGUCUGUGUAUAUGCUGAUUUUAAAUAAUAGUUCAGUAAAUUAUGAUUAACUUUUAUAUUUUCCAGUAAUAAAAUGUCAUUGUUUUUGGCUUGUUUUGUUUACUUAAUAAAACAUUUGGAAUUAUGAAGAAUUUAGUUUUACCAAAGAUUGUUAACUAAUGAAAGUUAAUAAUUAAAAAAUAUUAAAUGGAAUGGUUGUACCCUUAAUAGCAUGUAUAUUCAACAUCAGAAUAUUGGGAAACAACAAUGAGAAAACAUAAUGAUCUUAAUUCAAAAAAAAGUAUGGCUGAUAUUUUUCACUUCUUUGUUGUUUUUUAUCCAAACAACAAUAUCAUAUCCUGAUAAUAGCAAAACAAACAGAUGUAAUAAUACAAGUUCGGAUUGUUUGAAAUGUAGCAUAGAUGGAAUCUGUAAGAAAUGUAAAAAAGUUUUAAUUGUUGCUACGGGUCAAUGUGCUGAUGCUUGUCCAUCAGGGUAUGAAUUUAUGUGGUCAACAAAUGAAUACCAUAUGGGUCGUAUAUGUUCAGUAACAGAUAAAACUCUAAUUGGAAACAUAAAAUUAUCAGGCCAAACUGUUGCUAUUCUUGUUGGAACUGUUAUAGGAUUUCUUAUAUGUGUUACAAUUCUAUUCCUUGUGGGAAUUACUAUUAAGUUUAAGAAAUGUACUAAUUUUAGAUCAAAAACUUGUAUGUCACCUAGUUUAGGACCUCUGAAUAGUAGUUCUCACCAAAGUCAAGAAAUUGAUGAUUAUGAUAGAUUAGAAUUUUUCAAACAAUUGAAAAAUUUGCGUUCUGAUGCUAAUAUUUUUCUAUGUAUGUUAAAUGAAACUAGGAGACAAGUACGUGAGUUACAAGGUCCUAGUCGACAACAUUCUGCUAUACAAGCCUAUAGGCCCGUGUUGAAAGAUUUAUCCAGAAUUUUAAUCUUAUUGAAUAAAGAAGACUGUUUUAUAAAUCCUCCACCUGAUUGGGAGACAUUAUUAUCUUGGGGUGAAAGAGUACUAAAACGAUAUAAAAAACAAUAUCCAAUAAUAAUUCACCAAUUAAAUAGAGAUGAGCACUUUGGUGAUAUACCAAUCCAAUUAACGACAUUUUCUAGCAAUAAAAAACACAGGCCUCUAUCUGCAUCAUCAUCAUCACCAUCUCGAAUUAAACAGUUAGCCAUCUCUGUAUUUGAUGAAAAUUAUAGCGAUCAUAAUAGGCAUCAUGAUGAGAAUGAUGAAGUUAUUAUGCUAAAAGAAAAAUCUGUACCUAGUUUUGGUCGAUCUACUAGUCCUGCAUCUUUUUCUUUAUUAGAUGCUAAUGCAUCUAAAAGUAUGUUAGUUGCUGAAUGGAAUGCUGAAAUUCCACCAUACAAUUGUUAUUCAACGACUACAGAUGAAGAUGACUUUUUUACUCUUGGUUUUAGGCCACAAGACGAAAUAACAACAGAGCUCUAAACAAUUUUUUUAUUAAUCUGUUUAAUUUAAAAAUAAAUAAAUGUAAUUAUUCUUUAUGUAUAUUAUUUCUUAUAUUAUAUUGUAUAGUUGUGUAUUUAUUAUUUUUAAUUUAAAAUUUUUUUAUAGUUUUAUAUACAUUAUGUUAACUAAUAACAUUGCAUAUUUUUAAAAAUAAUAAAUUUUUAUAAAUUUUUAA